UGCAGCUGCAAAGGGGGGAGGGGAGGGUGGGGGCGGCCGUGGAAGGAAAAACCCAGAGGGGCGAGAGGUAAAGGGAGGGCAGGCAGACGGGCGCGGGGAGGGAGGAAGAAGAAAGGAGGGGGCGCUGAAAGCAGAGUUGUGAUGCAGACAGCGAAUCACAUGAGCAGGGAUCUGUUUACAAACGGAGUCUGUAGACGAGAAGUGGAGAAGAGAGACGAGGAAGGAGAGAGCAGGAGAGUGAAUGUGAGAAGAAAAUACAGGAGAAGAGAGGAGAGCCUGGAUCUGAAUUAACAUUAGCCGCAUUGUCUUCCUGUGUUACAUACGUCCCUGUGUUCUUUGUUCAGAGCAGGAAGGCAGGGGAAGAUAUGAGACGCUGAUUUCCACAGGAACACUGAGGCUGCCUGCCUGACUCUCUGCCUUCCUUGGUCGCCUGGUUGGCUGGCUGUGCUGCCGGGAAACCCAUCAAUGUCCUUCCCUUUGUCUCUCCAUAAUAGGACACGGCAGGUUUUCACAGCCAGAGAGGAGGAAAGCGUCGUGGAGAUCUAAAAGGAGAGGACAGAGGAGAGAGAAAUAAGGAAGGGAGAAGAGAAAAGAAUAGGAGGAAGGGAGGGAGAGACUCGUGACAAUGUUUUGAAGGGGAGACAAAACAAAAAAGCAGGAACUGCACUCGGCCAGAGGUACAAAACCUCUGUGCUGGAUGGGAUUUGUACUAUAUUUCCUCAUAUUGUCAGUGACAUUGGUGUACAGGUUCAUCUCCAAGACUGUUAUCUUUGUCUUACAGUGGAGAACACACAGGGAUACCUAAAUUUCUUUCUCUGAUACAUUUACAGUUGUUUGGGAGUCUAAAUCUCAAUUAAAGUGGAUGUUAGUAUCGCGUUUUUGGGAGUAAAUCAUCACUGCAGACUGAGGUGUCAGUGUUCAAAUGAGCAGCUGGUUAUUUGGGUAAUGUCUUCUCGAGGAACUGCGAGUCUCUAAUCAGGUCAGCUUUCCCCAGACCACAAGGAUUUAACUCACUGCACAUCCGCUCUAUCAGCUAUCAGGGUAAACUAGUCUGAACCUAAAAAGUAGUGGACGUACAGGUCAAAGCUUGUUCUUUUGUGGAAACCAGACUUUAUGAUAUUGGAGAGGUCACGACCUGAAAGAUUUUCUGGGUUUGCCCACCGAACAUCUGCACAUUUGAUGCAUCCUAUCCAAUGGUGUAACGGGUGUCUGUGUGACCUUGGAUUGCAGAACAUCGACCCCUACUGCAAGAUGACAUCUGAGGAGCUCUUCCACCUGCCGCUCAACGUCUACAUCAUCAUCCUGGGCAUCGGCCUCUUCAUCCUCAUGCUCAGCCUCAUCUUCUGCUGCUACCUGUUCAGACUCAGGCGACAAGGUGCAAGAGAACAGCAUGGUUACAAUGAGGUUGUUUUGAGAGGAGUGGGGAAGAAACUGAGCCUUCUUGGUCAAACAUGCGCGGUGUGUUUAGAAGAGUUUCGCAGCAGGGACGAGCUUGGAGUGUGCCCAUGUGCCCAUGCGUUUCACAAGAAGUGUCUGCUAAAAUGGUUAGAGAUCCGCAGCGUCUGCCCCAUGUGCAACAAGCCCAUUUGUCGCCUCCAGCCUAACCCGCCGCAAGCGCCUGAGCGGCCACAGAGUCUCCUGGAGGUCUGAGAGGGGAGCAUAUGUCCAGCGGCACCUCACGCUCUGCAGUCAAUUGAGACCUGUCACUAUAGAGUGUCCUGUUUCACUUUCACUUAGUUUUAGUAAUGCAAACAUUUUUUGAGGCAGAGCUACUUAUAUGGGGGGGGGCUAUCAUCACUAAUACUUGAUAUGGCAUUUAUGAUAGCUAACUAUCAGGCCUAGAUAAUAAAAUUUUCAGUACAUAGCCCGAUUCUUAAACUAAUGCACAAGUGCCUUAAAGCUGCAGAUCAUCCAAAAGCCACUAAAAAACAGAUUCAGACUGGGUUAUCAAGAUUGGUUGUCAGCUAGCUAAUUCCACUUGUGUGUAUUGGUGUUUUAUUCAGAGGAUAAAGGCUUAAAGAGAGCUAUGUUUGCUCGACUGGCAGGUUCUGCCAUUUAAUUUGGCUGUCUGACUUAACUUGUUUUAAUAUAAGAGAACAAAGCAAAAGAACAGUUACAGGAAUUGAAUGAAUAAGAAUGUAAAAUCAAUGCAAUAUACACUGCCCUCAGCAAUUCUCACAAUGGAAUGAAAAAUCUUGCGCCUAUAUCAUGUACAUUACUUUUUGCUAAAAAAUACCACAAUGCAAUGCUUCACGUUUGCUGAAUAUAUAUAUAUUGUCAUUACGAGAGACCACACCUGUCAGCGAUAGCACACAAUGAUGAUGAUUCAUAAGUGUGUGAAAUCCCAGUUUACUCCUCAUUAUAGAUAAGUUAUGUAGGAACAAUUGUGGACACAGCCCUGAAUUGUCUGGCUCCAGUUAACUGUCAAGCUCAUUCUCAAUCAAAUGGGUGACAUCACAAAUGCUACUUCAACAUUUUUCUCAUAGUCUAUUUUGGAGCCUUUUUAAAUGGGCUUUGGUUCGAUUAGCCUGCAGGGAAACUGUGGUUAGCGUCAUCCACUGAAGUUCGAUUUUAUUUGAUUGAAUGACUUCACUAUCUGUAGUGGACAAACUUUGGGGAAGAUAAAAAAAAAAAACGUCUGUUACAGCACCACAUGUGACAUCAAGACAAUAGCAUUUACCAUCAACAUCAACAUCAUGGCAUCAUCACCACAAACAUCGAUCAUUAUCAGAGUGUGAAGAUACCAGCUAGUUGGGAAGUGUUCAAAUUCCUUAUUUGAGAGGCAAGUUGGGUCAGACAAGACACUUUUAGCUUUUAUGUGUCUUCCACUUGUGUCACCCAAACAGAUGUGUUGGUCCCUCAGCAUGUUAAGGUUACUGCUGUAACCCAACUAAUGGGAUUAUUUCUGCCUCCAGAGCAGCUCUGCCUCUGAGAAAUGUUUGUAUGAGAAACUCCAGUCUGCUCGUUUUCAGUUUGCCAAAAACAUGACAUGCAGCGCCACAUGAUGAUGUGUCUUUCACCACAACUUAAGAGCCUGGAGCUUGGAAAGAAGAAGAUUCAACCACCAGACACCAGCUUUGAAAAUAUCAGAACCUCCUUUGGCUGAUUGUUGCCCUAAAUGUGAUGGCAAAUUAUGUAAUGAAAGAUGUGCAGUUGUUGAAAAGAGGACUUUUGACAAAACAGCACAAUGUAAACAAGAAUCAGGGGUGUGUAUUUUGGCUGUAAUCAUCCAUUGUCUCCGAGUCAAUCAGCUCCAUCCUACAGUGUGUUGCCAAGCUGAGUAAAGGUAGUGAAGAUCUAAAUGACAAGACAGUUGAGUCAUAUGGGAUCUGAUAGAAAUGCCUGUUCAGCUACAACUAAGGGUCCUAAGUGACUCAACCACUAAAAUAACACCUAUAUACAUGUUUUUUAAAGUUAUUUUUAAGGAGCUGUUUUGUAUCAUAUCUGGCUUUCAGUAAAAGGUAUUGUGUGUCAGUGAUGCUAAAACACUCUGACUCUCAUUUGUCAAAUAGUUGGAUGUCAUCAUUGCUAGUGGGACAGAAUUGAACCAACCAGUCUUCAAUGAAAUCUUAGCUCCCAAUGUCUAAGAGCUGCUCUGUACUGUAGUGAUAUAAAUAGAGACACUGCACUGAUAUGAAGAGCCUGUUUGAGCUGGUUUCUUGUCUGAGUGAAGUGCACCAUAAACAUCAUUCUCUGUUUGUACCAUGUAAUAUACUAUGAGUACUGUGUAAAUUGUAAAUGCUUAUAAAUUUUCUGACUUUAGAAAAAUAUAUAUAACCAGUGUUUUGAUAAGGUCAUUUGGAUCCAAGUCUUUUUUCCUAGUUUUGCUACACGUUGACACUUAAAAACGGUUUAUUUGCAUAUUGUCAUUAUAAUAUAUGGAAAGGUUAUACCAAUGUGCCCUAACUUUGUUUUAGUGAUUUUAGUUGAUCUUACCAACUGUGUGUGUGUAUGUGCCUGAAGGAUUUCCACCAAUAAUGUGCCACCUCUGAAAUAUAAAUGUGCCUGAAAUAG